AUGUAGAAUAGCAACAAAGUGCUUAGCGUGCAUCACCCGCAAGAGGGGAUUGAUUGAACCCUGACGUCAACCCUCAGCCUUCCACCCGGCGCCCGACGCCCACAGGCCGCAGGUCGCAGGUCUCGAAUCACGUGCUCAUGUGCGCAUUAGUUACAUCUACCUAUCGUGUUUCUCACUCCGGAGUCCGUCGCAACUCCAUCCUCCACCGCACAUCACUCAACCUCCAACACACAGAAAAGAAAAAAAACACCGAUGGCAGCAAACUACUGGGUCUCGUCGCAACGGCUGCACUGGCAGAUGUCGCGCGAAAAGCUGGCCGAGACUCGCGCGUCGCUCGACACGCGCGACGAGAAAACAGUGCUGGCAUAUCCGCUGCCGAGUUAUCGGCAUUUGAGCAUUUACUUCAACCAGCAGAUCGCAAGGUUGGGCCGGCGGAUGCAGGCACGACAGCAGGCACUGGCGACGGCGCAGUUGUAUGUGCGCCGAUUCUACACAAAGGUCCCUAUACGCGAUACGAACCCGUACCUGGUCAUGGCUACGUGUCUGUACCUCGCGUUGAAGAUGGAGGAGUGUCCUCAGCACAUACGAACCGUUGUCAGCGAGGCGAAGAUAUGCUGGCCUGAGGUAAUGCCGUCGUUCCCCGAAAAGCUAGCUGAGACCGAGUUCUACGUCAUAUCCGAGCUCAACUCGUACCUGAUCGUGCACCAUCCGUACCGGACACUUGUUGAGCUCACGCCGCUGCUCGGGUUGACGCCCGAAGAUAACACCACCUCCUGGCAGGUGAUAAACGACUCUUGCGUUACCGAUCUGCCAAUGAUAUAUCCCCCGCAUGUCAUCGCGCUCACGGCGAUAUUCCUGGCCGUCGUGCUGAAGCCGUCGAUCUCCCAGGCGAGCCUUCAUGCUGCUGCGACUGCGGCGGCGGCGGCCGCUGCAGGCGGUGGUGCUGGAGGCGGGGGUGGUGGCGGGGUCAUGGGGGGUAAUGGUAAUGGUAAUGGUAGUAGUAGUGGCGGUGGUGGUGGGAGUAGUAGCAGCAACGGUGGUGGAGGUAUUAUGGGCGGAGGAAUCAUGGGUGGGGGCGUCAUGGGCGGAGGUGUUAUGUCCGGCAGCGGGGGCGGCGAAUCCGGCCUCUCGGCAAGCGGUCAGGGACCACAGAAUCGGAUAACCCGGUUGAUAGAGUGGUAUGCCGAGUCGAAGGUGGAUAUGGAGGCGAUCAUCGAUUGCACGCAGGAGAUAAUAUCGUUGUACGAGCUGUGGGAGCCCUUCACGCUGACGGCGGCGGAGAAGGCAUGCAAGGAACAGAUCUGUAGGAUGGUCAAGCAACGGGGGAUAUCGUGAAGAAAUCGAGUUGGCCGAGUUGAGUUGCUGCUUGUCUCUUUUUUCUUUCUUUCUUUUUUUCUUUCUUUUCUUUUUUUUCCCUCUCUCUAUUUUUUUUCUUUCUUUUUUUCCGCCGGGGUUUGCAGUGUGUAAGCGCG